UGGAAUUGACUAAUAAUAUUUUACAGAUGGCAAGAUAUGUAACAGCGAUAUUUAUUUGCGUGGCGAUUGGGGUUGUUCAGUCAAAAGAUGAAUCAGUUAUAUUAUGGAAGAACAAUGACUUUCCUGUAGAUAACCCACUGAAGUUUUUCAACCCAGCGACACCCGGACUAUUUACCAACGGUUCUCUAUCCUGUGUCAAAGAUCCAGCGGGGUCUGGUCAAAACGUUAUCAGAGUAUUUUACAAGAAUGGAACGUACUCCCAGGAUCACUAUUCCAAAGGUCUCCAGUUCUAUAGCGAACCCACGCAACCACAAUUAGCUCUUACAUUAACCUACGAUAUUUAUUUUGAGCCGAACUUUGAUUUUGCGAUGGGUGGAAAGCUACCAGGGAUGUUUGGGGGUGGUUUGGGGAUCUGUUCGGGAGGUCGUCACUCUAAUACGUGUUUCAGUGCUCGAUUAAUGUGGAGAGCAGAUGGUUAUGGAGAGAUUUACACGUACAUCCCAGAUCAAGGCCAAGGAUUCUGUGAUCGCGUCGAUGUAAUUUGCUUUCCCUUGAAAGGCACGUCUUUGGGUAGAGGAAUGUUUCGAUACCCUCGUGGAGUUUGGACUACCGUAACAGAGCAUGUCCAUUUGAAUACUGUCGGUUUCCAUGAUGGCUUUGCUAAAAUCUGGCUAAAUGGGAGUCUAGCUUAUAUUGCUGAAGACAUUAUGUGGAGGGUCACUGAUGAAUUAGAAAUCAAUGGUCUGUUCUUCUCGACAUUUUUUGGAGGAGGUGAACCUAUAUGGGCUGCCAGGAAAGACAAUUAUUCUUAUUUCAAAAAUUUUACGUUUUCCCUGGGAGCUGAACCACCAUUAUAUUAA